AUGCCAGACAGGCACCGCAGCAGUCGCUCGCGCUCACCCUACCGCGAUGCCCACUCCGACAAUCGCCACCAAUCUCACCAUCGCUCGCGGUCUGCUCGCCAACACCACCACAAGCGCGCCCAGUCACCCGCACCCACCUCCCCGCGGUCAAAGCCUCUUCCUUACAAUGCCCGUUAUCUCUCCCGGCACGACCUGACAACCUACACCCCUCUCUUCGCACUAUACCUUGACAUCCAGAAAGGCAUUAUUCUCGAAGACUUGGAAGACAAAGAACUUAGAGGACGGUGGAAAAGCUUUGUCGGGAAAUGGAACCGUGGAGAGUUGGCUGAAGGAUGGUAUGAUCCAAAGACACUAGAGAAGGCAAAUACAUCAGCCCAGAGCGAUGCUACGGCGCAAUCGGGGGUCGAUCGGCCAGAUGCGAGACCGUCGGGCCAGGAGCGAGAUCCUCGAGACGAUUACGACGGCGCCGACAAUACUGCGUCGGAUGACGACUAUGGGCCUUCUCUGCCGACAUCCACAUCCAUUGCGUCGUACAAUGAUCAUGGUGGAGCUCGGAAUCAUGCCAACACGGUGUCAAAAGACCCGGGUCCCACGAUCCCUUCUCUGACGGACCUUCGCGCCCGAGACGAGCAUUCCCUCGAGGAUGCCACCUCGGCGAAAAACCGAUAUAUCGAAGGCAUCCGCCAAGAUCGCCAAAUCGACAGGAAACAGCAGAAGGAGAGACUGGACGAGCUGGUACCGCGGGCCGAGGCUGGCACACGCGAACGGCAACUCGAAAAGAAACGCGAAAAGGCCGACUCCAACCGUGCGUUCGCCGCAGGUAAAGAAGCAGCCGGUGACGUAGACCUACGGGACUCAGAUGUCAUGGGCGACGAGGACAGUCUCGGCAACUUGAAGCGGAUGAAGAUGGAGAACCAGAGGAAGAAAAACGAGCGGGAAACGAGGAAGGAGGAGAUUCUGCGGGCGAGACGUGCGGAGCUGGAGGCCCGGUUGCAGGCUGCGAAGGAACGGGAGGAGAAGACGAUGAGUCUGUUCCGAGAGAUUGCACGGCAACGGUUUGGCGGCGGCGGCGACAACAGAGACGGGUGA